AAGAAAUACAUAAUUUAAAUUCAACCCAAGUGUUUUCCAAGCAGGUUGUAUUUGCUUAAAUCCCUACAGUAAUUCGAGGGACAGCCCUGUCUGGACACAGAGUUACUGUGGAUCUUUAAGAAUAGAGUCAGUUAAAGAAUUUAGGAAUUUCUGAUUCAUUUAAAGGAUUUUCAAAUUCAUCAACCCCUGAAAACUAAAGCAAAUUUAACAGGACAAAAAAAGAAAUGAGCUUUUUAAGUACAGUAUAUGUCCUUUUCUUCUUCUUUGGAGUCAAAGUAUAUUGCCAACAUCAAAUUUAUCAAUGGGAUGAAGAUUAUGACCCAGAGCCAGGUGAAGAUUAUGAACCAGAAUUCCAAUUUCAUCCAAAUGUAGAAUAUGGAAUUCCUUAUCAUCAUAUUUUAAGCUGUGCCAGUGAAUGCUUCUGUCCAACUAACUUUCCAUCAUCAAUGUACUGUGACAAUCGCAAACUCAAGACAAUCCCAAAUAUUCCAAUGCAUAUUCAGCAACUCUACCUUCAGUUCAAUGAAAUUGAGGCUGUGACAGCAAGUUCAUUCACCAAUGCAACUAAUCUUAAAGAAAUUAACCUCAGUCACAACAAAAUUAAAUCAAAAAAAAUUGACUAUGGUGUGUUUGCUAAGUUUUCAAAUCUACUACAACUUCACCUUGAGCAUAACAAUUUAGAAGAAUUUCCAUUUCCUCUUCCUAAAUCUCUGGAAAGACUUUUUCUUAGUUACAAUGAAAUUUCCAUACUGCAGACAAAUGCCAUGGAUGGCCUAGUAAACUUGACCAUGCUUGAUCUCUGUUAUAAUCAUCUUCAUGAUUCUAUGUUAAAAGAAAAACACCUUGCCAAAAUGGAAAAAUUGAUGCAGCUCAACCUAUGUAAUAAUAGAUUGGAAUCAAUGCCUCCUGGACUGCCUUCUUUACUUAUGUAUCUAUCUUUAGAAAACAAUUCUAUUUCUUCUAUACCAGAGAAUUACUUUGACAAACUUCCAAAACUUCAUGCUCUAAGAAUGUCACACAACAAACUGCAAGACAUUCCAUAUAAUAUUUUUAAUCUUUCCAGCCUUAUAGAGCUCAAUGUUGGACAUAACAAAUUGAAGCAAGCAUUCUACAUUCCAAGAAAUUUGGAACACCUAUACCUAGAAAAUAAUGAAAUAGAAAAUGUCAAUGUGACAAUGAUGUGUCCCUUUGUUGACCCACUACAGCAGCAUCAUUUAACAUACCUUCGUGUGGACCAAAAUAAGCUAAGAGAGCCAAUUAGUUCAUAUAUCUUCUUCUGUUUCCCUCAUAUACACAGUAUUUAUUAUGGUGAACAAAGAAGCACUAAUGGUCAAACAAUACAAUUGAAGACCCAAGUUUUUGGGAGAUUUCAAGAUGAUGAUGAGGAGGAGGAGGAGGAUCAUGAUAAUCAUGACAACACUUAUGUGAGUCAAGAACAAGAAGGGCCAGAAGAAAACUUUGAUCCUCAUUACUAUGAAAUUCAAGAAUGGCAAGAAACUAUAUAGUUAUAGAUUUAUGACUUCAUAAAACCUUAUUACUCAAUAUAAAUCUAAAUAUACAUUGCUCAAAUUAAUAUAUUUAGAAUUAUGUAUUAGUAUAAGAUCAAUAUUACAUUUAAGUUGCUGGUGAUAAUUACACCAUUACAUAGGAUUAGAACUUACUCAAAAUGAUACAAAUGUUUAGAAAUAUAAAUUAGAAUGACAAGUAGGAACAAAACCCCUAAAUUUUAAUGGCUUCUUAUAACCUUUUUAAACCUAGAAAUAUCAUACUGAAAAAAAAAAGUGUCACUUCUAGUAAGAGAAAUGUUUCUAAGAAUGAAGGAAGUAGAAUUGGCAGUGAAGACCUGGAAGCCAUGUUCUUUCAAUCAUUAUAAGGAUAAUACAUGACAGGAGUGCACAUUAACAUAAGACCAGCCUCUCAUUUAAGGAAAAGACAAUUUUGUGUCUCCAUAAAAGCUUUCACACUUAUAUUUGUUAUCUUCUCACUAUGACAUCUAUCUCACCAGUUCAGCACUUAGAGCAUAGAGUGAUAUCUUUGAUUUUCAAGAGACUACCCUACUAUGAAUAAAGGGCAGACAGAUUAACGAAAGCAAGUGUUCUCAUUCUCCUCUCAGAGCCCCAAAGCAGAAACUCUGAAUUUGGAUAACUAAAAAUCAUUAGAUUAUUUUAGCAGAUUUUAGCAACUGCUCAAAACAAAUCUUUAUUGUGUUCCAUUUUAACUGGGAUAAAUGUUUUAAUAGUAAACUAAACUAGAAAAAGGCCUCUGUUUUGGUUACAUGAAGCUUUGCUAAAAAAAAUAACUGUUUUGUU